AUGAUGCCGCAAUCGCCUAGGGGAGACGCCCCGCCCCAUCUCCGCCUCAACUCGGGCACCCAAGAACCGCUGACCGACGAGACGUCCUCGAAUGCGCGCCCAACAUCUGCACGAACAACCUCUGCGCGCUCUUUGACACAACCAACACGUCCAGGCACUGCCCCGAGUCCUGGCUUUCAGUCACCGACGAAUUCCCAUGUAUACAGCAAUGCCACCAUCGCAGAGUCCUCCGAGAUGCUGCUGCCGCCCAAGAAGCUCAGGACAACACGGUCGUACCGCGACGAAUCUCCCAUGCAAUCGCCGUCUGCCUUGUCGUCGAGACGAACAAGUUGGAGUUCAGACUUCACUGGAGGCCCAUUUGGUUCGCCGUUUGACGACUCAAGAGCGCCGUCGCGCGCAGGCAGCGAAGAGGACCUGAACACGCAAACAGUAUCAGAGAAGUUCAACAUAUUACCUUCGGCCGGUCUGCUACUCUUCCCCGAAGAUGUCGAAAAGGACGACUACCUACAUAACCCCGACCCCAAUGACAAAGACGUCAAAGAUUGCGACAUCUUCACCCGCAGAGGUAUGGUCAAUCUUGGAGGUCUGGGUUUAAUGGCUCUCGGUCUUCUCAUGCUGUUCAUCGGCUACCCAAUUCUCACAUUCGUUCAGGAUAUGACCAAACCAGAGAUAGGGCCGUGUACAAAUAAUCCUCUAUGUAUAGCAGGCAAGCAAAGCGAGCCGUUACUCACAAACGUACGCAGAGGGCUCAUCGACCCGGACACGCCCAAGGAAGCCAUGACUCGAACAUCAGCCGAUGGCUCAAAGCAAGUACUGGUCUUUUCAGAUGAAUUCAACACGGACGGUCGCACCUUCUACGAUGGUGACGAUCCGUUUUUCCAAGCUGUCGAUAUCUGGUACGGUGCUACCAUGGAUUUGGAGUGGUACGAUCCCGAUCAGGCCUUCACCAAAGAUGGUUCACUCAAUUUGAAGUUCUCCGCCGAGCCGAGUCACGGUCUUGACUACCGUUCUGGUAUGAUUCAGUCUUGGAACAAGCUCUGCUACAAGGGUGGACAUCUCGAGGCCAGUAUCUCGUUACCCGGUCGCGGCAACGUCAGUGGUUUCUGGCCCGGUUUCUGGACAAUGGGUAACCUUGCCCGUCCUGGUUAUCUCGCUUCCACCGAAGGUCUCUGGCCAUACAGCUACCACGACGAGUGCGAUGUCGGUAUCACGCCUAACCAAAGUUCCUACGACGGUCUCAGCUACUUGCCCGGAAUGAAGCUGCCCGCCUGCACUUGCAAGGGCGAAGACCAUCCCAGCCCAGGCAAGUCCCGAAGUGCCCCGGAAAUUGAUGCUCUUGAAGGUUCCGUUCACUUCUUGGGACCCGGAGAAAGCAACGCAAUCGGUGUUGUUUCCCAGUCAUUCCAAGCUGCACCCUUUGAUACUUGGUACAUGCCCGAUUAUGAAUACAUGGAGGUUUACGAUACUCAAAUCACAACGAUGAACGCCUACAAGGGUGGACCUUUCCAGCAGGCCAUCUCUGGAUUGACCAACCUGAACAACAACUGGUAUGACGGCAAGCAAUACCAGACUUAUUCGUUCGAGUACAAAACUGGUGAGGACGGUUUCAUCACCUGGUAUGUCGGAGAAGACAAGACCUGGACUAUGAAUCAAAAGGCCAUUCGACCCAACGGCAACCUCGGUACAAGAAAGAUCCCCGAGGAGCCAAUGUCCAUCAUUGCCAACUUCGGAAUGUCGAACAGUUUCGCAGCCAUCAACCUCGAGGAAAUUGCCAAAGACCUCCCAGCUACCAUGCGCGUCGACUACAUCCGCAUCUACCAACCAGAGGACAACCAGAUCAUGACCUGUGAUCCUGAAGGUUACCCCACCACCGACUACAUCAGGGCACAUCCAGAGCCUUAUGCGAACCCUAACCUCACGGAUUGGAAAUCAACCAAAUACGAUUGGCCGAAGAACUCUUUCAUGCAUGACUGCAAAGAGUGAGUCUUCGCGCUUAUCUCACACGGAGACUGCUGGCUUCCGGUCUCUGUACUUUUCCUAACGUGGCCACGGCAAACGACAAUACCCACAAGAAUGGAUUCAUCGCAAAAGCACAUAA